AUGGGUAAGAAGAGAGUUCUGGCCGGUUACGGCAUCGAUGUGGACGCUGUCGCAGGGCACAUUAACACAACAGACGGUUCGAGACCGAAUACAUCCAACGUCUCCAGAGGUAGUGUGUUCGGGGCCAGGAUCGGAACGAAGAGGCUGUUGGAUUUGUUUGACAAGCAGAACAUGAAGUGUUCAUGGUACAUUCCUGCUCAUACCAUCGAGACAUUUCCCGAGGACAUGGCCCUUAUCCGGGACAAAGGCCAUGAAAUCGGUUGUCAUGGCUACACGCACGAAAGCCCCGGAGAGCUAACCACACAGCAGUUCCGUGACGUGAUGGAAAAGUCGAUCCAGAUCUUGACCGACUUCUGUGGAGGCAAGCGUCCUCGGGGAUUCACUGCCCCAUAUUGGGACCCUCACCCUCAGCAGAUUUCAAUCAUGGAGGAGUUGGGCCUACUCUACGAUCACUCCUUUAUGCACGAUGACUUUCACGCAUAUUAUGCUCCGAAAGACGGGGAGACACACACGACCACGGACUACAGCAAAGAUGCCUCUGCUUGGAUGAAGCCAUCCAUCACCGAGGGACCUUCCGACAUUGUAGUGAUUCCCGGAUCAUGGACAUUCGAUGAUUGGCCGGCUUUCCAAUUUGAGCCAAGCCGCCCCAAUGCUCAAGGCUAUGUCGACCCCGAAGUCGUCGAAAAGACCUGGAGAGAGUCUUUUCUGUAUUGCUACGAGCACUAUGACACCUUCAUCUUCCCAAUGACCAUCCACCCCCAGGUCAGUGGCAAGGCACAUAUUAUGCGAAUGCACAAGCGCUUCAUUGAUUUCGUCAAUCAGUUUGAGGGUGUGGAAUGGUGCACCUUCGAAUACAUGGCCGAAGAAUUCCGGGCCGGUCGAAUUUAA